CGAGGCGGGACCGGGCUCUGCCGCCGCAUCCCCGCCGCACCGGCAGCGCAGAGCCGGCUCCGUUCUGCUCGCCACCAUGUCCCUGUGCAGGGCCGCCUCGCAGGCGCUGGCCGCCCGCCUGAGCAGGGCUCCCGCCGCCGCCAGCCGCCUCAAGCAGCGUGCGCCUCCUCGCCAGAUGUCAUCUGGGAGCGUUCCUGGCUCUUCUAGAGACAGCAUGAUGAUCUAUCUCCUUGCUGGUGUUGCUGCUUUUGGUGGUUUAUUUUAUGCCUACAGAGUAGUCAGUUCACCCCGCAGCAAGUUUGUUGAAGAUGCAAAUAUUCUUCGUGACAGAGCCGAGGAGCAGAAAAGCAAUCCUUGGUCAAGAAAGGAAGGUGAUGCAGAAGAGGUGGAUGAGGUCACUGGAGCAGAGAAGGCCACGGAAGAGGCUGAGGCAGCAGCUGCUGUGGAACCUGCAGCACAGGAGGAGAGUGCUGGACCCACAGCACAGGAUGAGAGUUCUGGGGUGCCCCCAGAAGCUGGAGGGGAGAAUGACUUGCUGGCUCCAGAGGAAUCCCAUGCUGUGGAGGAGGCACAGCAGGAAGCUGCUGCUAAUUCAGAAGCUGAUGCUAAUUUGGAACUUGCUGAUAAUUCAGAAGCUGCUGCAGUUCAAGCUUCUGAUGAGGAGAAGACAACUGAAGAGGUUGCUAAAGAGCCCUAAAGUAAGCAGUGUGGACACCUUUGGAAAGUUUAAUGCAAAUAUUUGUGGCAAUCAACCAGCUGAUUCCUGUGUGAAACCUCAUCAUACUCUUCCUUGGAGACAUCAAAGAAACUGUGCAGUUUGUCCUACCACACACUGGCCAUUCUGGCCAGUAUUAUCCAGUGCUGCAAGAGAUGACUUGUGCUGCCUAGAGAAACGCUUCUGUGACUAACAACUCUGCUGUAGAGAGUAGCAUCCAGCCAAACCACUCAGCAUGCCCUAAAUACCUGUGCUAAGAGAAGCAGUAUGAUGCCAGAUGAACUCCUUCUAUGUCAUUGCUGUCCCGAUGUGUACAUUGAUUUCUUCCUUUUGGCCCAAACUGUUGUGCGUAGUUAUACAUUUGUAACAUCCCAUGCUAAAAUGUAAGCAAAAGGUUAAGCCAAAAUAUUAUAAAAGUACCUGUUAGCAUUUCUAAAUUAGAUCACAGGGAAAAUAACGUGUUUGCUCCUGAGUUUGGAUUUGUGAUUGUGAGCAUAGGACAUCUGGUUCCACAUGACCUCAUUUUCCCCCUGCAUAAACAUUUCAGAUGCUACCACUCCUUGCACAGUAACAUCCAGGAGUAAACCCAUUGCAGCCAUCACAGAAUGGCAAUGGUUCUAAAUCAGAGCCAAAUAAGCCAAAUAGUACAUUAUGUACUAUUUGUACAGGAAGUGUGUUUCACAAGGUGUGUCUGACUCUUCUCUUCAAGCAGAAGUUUGGAAAAUGUUGAAAGAGAAACAACAGCAUCCUCCUACACAUGGCACAAAGCAACCCAUGCUCCUUCCCCCAUCCUAAAGCAAAUUACAACAGUGUUCCAACAGAGAUAUAGCCUAUUGCUCCUGGAUCUACUUAGGAAUAACUGGAAUAAUGCAGAUGCAAAAGCAGGCUCCCAAGCUUCAAGAAGACAAACCACAGCCUUCUGCUUGAAGGAUAAGGCCUCUGUGAUUAAAAGCAAUUUGUGUAGACCAAGCUACUGGAAUAAAAAUCUUAGACUGAUAUUUUGUUGGACAAGAGUCUAUGUUUGUCUUGUGGAUUAAAAAUGCUGUGAUGGAUGUAUGCACUUAAAUGUUCUAUUUAUUCAUUUUCACUAAUUCCUAGUAAAAGAAGCUGUUUUAACUGGAUCUAACAGUAGGGUUUCUGGUAAAAUGUAAGCUUUUCUGAAUGGCUCUUUAUCUCUGGAACUGCUCUGGUACAUGGCAAAGUAUGUCAGCCCUCUGAACAGCUGCCUGAAUGACUGAUUCGCAACCUAUGGUUUCCAAAGCUUUUCGUCCUUUCCAUUUCAAAAAACGGUGAGAGUCCCAAAACAGCCUGUCCAAGCUUUAUGCCAGAGUUCUUCUUUUUUUACUUUUGUUUUGUUUAGGUUUUUUUUUAAUUAAAAAAAAAAAAAAAAAGACGUGCAGCACAGCAUGGUCUGCUUCAGCACUUGAAUAUUUUAGAGUAACAACAGUGAUAUUUUGCAAUUUGCAGAGGUCUGGCCAUUGUUUAUUCAGCCUUGCUAGUAUGGAGUCUGAAUAACACAUGAAUUAAAAUUUUUCUGUCCUUCAAUUCCAAAAAGUGAAUUUUUGGGUUGCUACACAAAGGCUGUGACGAACCAUGGAAAAUUUUGAAAUAUAUUGUUGAAAUGGAUCAUAAAGGAGAGUAAUGCCACAGCAGAGAACAGACACCAUGCAAGACUAAAGGACAGGAGAUUGGGGGAAAGGUUUGGUCUUGACAAUACACUUCAUAGGCCACAGCAAAGCUUGAGAUUCCAGAAUUUGUCCAAACAGCACGUUGCUCCUUUGCUGUCAGGAACUAUCUGUGAGAACAGCUGGCAAGGAUUUUCACCUCCCUUUAGUGCCAGUGAGCCCCUCUAGUUCACCUCUCUGAAAGCAUGAACUACAGGUAAUUAAACAGUGUGUUGAAACAGCAUGGUUUGUGUGGAGAGUUUUUGUGCAGACGUGGCUUGAGGAAAAAGGCCAUGAUCAUAUACAGUUGGUUAAGCAGUAAAAAGCAGCUGUAAGCAGUAAGUUCUCAGCCCUUUCCUUACGAGAAAAACAACAACACUGCGUCCUUGAGCAAAUAACAAGAAAAACACGGUGAAAAACAUGGUGCCCUUGAAUGUAGUCAACAGCAGGAUGUAAAAAUAAGUAUUAGCCUCAACAAGAAAACCACAAGUAUUUUGAGAAUGUAGCCACAAAGGAGGGGUUGACAUGUAAUCUAUAACCAAUGAUGAGCUUAGCUUUUGCAAUAUGUCUGAGCUUAAUUAACACUACUAUAAA